AUGUUGAGACCACCAAAACGUGAUUUGUCGAGGGCUGGCUCUGAACGACUUGCGGAUUCGUUAUGCAGUAAUGGUACUAAUGAGUUGUCCGAGCGAAGUGACCAGUGUUCGGGAAGCAGUGAAUCUGCGAAGAGGGUUUGCCCAGGAACAUUGAGUCAACUACUAACUAUCGAUGUAGAGUUGAUUGGUAACAAAAUCAUUGUUAAUGGCUAUAUAUAUAAUCGACAGAAGAAGGCGGCUCAUGGUUGGAGGUGGAUUUGCGUGAAGCGGCAUGACAGUUGUAAGGGUGCGGCGAUAAUAGGGGACACAGUCAAAGAAUCAAUCCCGCACAACCACCCUCCUGAUCCAGCUGAUUGCGAGGUUGUGAGAAUCCGAUAUGCGUUGAGACAAAGAGCCGCAACGUCAAAAGACGCAACUGGUGUGCUAUUGAACGAUUUGCUGUACAACGUUAGUGAUGAAGCAAGAAGAGCAAUCGGAAACAUCUCCUCCUUGAAGCGUUUCGUUCGUCGAUGCCGUACCUCAUGCCUGCCAGCACCAGUCAAAAGAACUAUUGUAAAGGAAGAAAGGCGAAUCGGUACUAAAUAUAUGAGGCGGAAUGUCGCCGUUCAAGUGGAUCUGACAGAAGAAGUGGACAAAGUUGAUCGGGGGACGCAAACACGGCCACGUUAUGAUCUUAUGCCCACCAAAGUUAUAUACAAAUUCGUCACAGAUGAAGAAGCUGAUGUGGAUGAAAUCGGUGAAUACUUUUCCUUAUAA